AUGGGAGUAGUGGGGGUAAUGGGAAGAAUAGGAGGGAUGGGAGGAAUGGGAGGGAUGGGAGGAAUGGGAAAAAUGGGAGGAAUGGGAGGGAUGGGAGGAAUGGAAGUCUGGGCCGGGAAAACUGGAGUUGCUGUGCGGUAUCGGGGCAAGGUUCGACGAUUCGAGCUAGUGGAGAGAGCAGAGAGGGAGGGUGGGAUGAGCACUGCCGAGGAAGGGGAGGCUUGA